AUGUCGGAGCAGAGAACUAUUGGUGAUAUAUACGAACUGGGUCUAGAUCUACAGUUUUUAUUUAAUGAUCACGAGGAUUUGAUUCUAUCACAAGCAUGCGACGAAAUCGAGAUGAAUAAUACAUUAGGGGAAAUUAAACUUGAAGAUGACAUGGAUGUCGACACCGCGGCGGGCCAAGAUUUCGCGAAUUUUAACUUGGACUUCACAAAUUUGAAAGAGGAAUGUGUUGAAAAUCCCGAGGAGCCGCGAUUCGGUUUAGAAGUAGAAGAAAGUGAAACCCAGGCUUUAAUAGAAAGUCAAGAAAACAAGAACACGAAAAAGAACACGCAGUGGGCUCUCAAUAUAUUUGAAAGCUGGCGCCGUGAAAGAAAUGCGCAGGGCCAAGGGCAGGAACUGAUUAUUCCAGAAAUCCAAACUAUGGACGCGGUGCAGCUGAACUCUUAUUUAGGACGCUUUAUAAUGAGAGCAGAUCCCAUACUUUCUGAAGAUGAGACUACAAUCUGGGAGAGAGGCGUUUUCGGGAUGAACAAUGCAGAAACUCUUCAGAAUACUGUGUUCUUCUAUUGUUGCAAGUUCUUUGGACUGAGGGGCCAUGACGAACACCAUUCCCUUGAAUGUAACCAGUUCCUUCUUGGUGAGGAUAACCGCGGGAAAUAUAUUGAGUUCACAGGCAGAUCCACAAAAACCUUCAAGGGAGGACUAGCUCACAAGGAACUACACAACAAACAAAUACGGCACUACUGUCAGCCUGGCGAUCGCUGCAUGGCUGAUUUCUUUAAAGUGUACCUGGAUGCUAUGGGAAAUGAGGGGUCGUUUUACCGGCGUCCACUGGCAGGAUCGCCCCCUCGCUAUGGAUCGCAACCAGUAGGUGUCAAUAAAUUGAAGUCCUUGAUGAAGGUAAUCUGCGAUAGAGCUGGUCUUAAAGGAAACUAUACAAACCACUCGGGGAAAAGAACCUGCGCAACGGCACUCUAUCAAAGCGGAAUUGACGAGCAGGAUAUCAUGUGUAGAACAGGACAUAGGUCUGAAAUGGGAGUUCGAGCUUAUAAAAGGGCUAAUGCUGACAUCGCCUGCUCCGUGUCGAAAGUUUUAGACCCUCCACCAUCGAUAUUGUCAAAAAAACGAACCGGAAGAUGUACGUGAAUACGACGGAGCUCUGAAGGAAAUAUCCAAGAAAAUGGACAUUCCCUGUUGGCCAUGAAAGAUGUUUAUAUAACAACUGUACAUUUAUUUCUUACUAGUUACAUGUUAAUGCACGUGCAACCACAUGUACAGUACAUUUGAACAUUAAUUUUUUGAAGUUUUUUCGAUGUUUUUUUUUUUCUGUGACAAAAUUAUUAUCUUUUGUGUUUAUAACAAAGUACCACUUAUUCAAGAAUUAAAAAUGUUAUUGAAAUUGUCAGAUGGUGUUCAAUAAUUUAUUUACACAGCACAGUUUAAAAAAAGAAUAUGCAAAUGAUGGUCCCGCCCACUGGUGUAUCUCCAGUUAUUGUACACUUUUUA